UUCCACCAACAUCAUGAAAAGCUCUGUGGCUGUCCUCUCUAUCCUCAUCAUGACCAUUGCCUUCUGCCAUGAGGUCUCUUCAUUAACAGUUGGGUCUGACAUUCCCACUGCUUGCUGCUUCUCCUACACCACCCGGAAGGUCCCUCAAGCAAUUGUGGUAGAUUAUUAUGAGACCAGUAGCCAAUGCUCCAAGCCAGCCAUCAUAUUCAUCACCAAAAAGAUGUAUCAAUUAUGUGCCGACCCUAGGGAGCCAUGGGUCCAGAAGUAUGUGGAAGAGUUGAAGUGA